AUGUGGGUGCGGUAUGUGAAUGCGGUAUGUGGGUGCGAUACGUCGUGCAAUAUGUGGGAGUGGUAUGUAGGUGCGGCAUGUGGGGUGCGGCAUGUGGGGUGCGGCAUGUGGGGUGCGGCAUGUGGGGUGCGGCAUGUGGGGUGCGGCAUGUGGGUGCGGUAUGUGGUUUUGGUAUGUGGGUGUAGAGGGCUGCAGCGUGGGUGUGAAGGGCCGGGAGCGUGGGUGUGGAGGGCCGGGAGCGUGGGUGUGGAGGGCCGGGAGCGUGGGUGUGGAGGGCCGGGAGCGUGGGUGUGGAGGGCCGGGAGCGUGGGUGUGGAGGGCCGGGAGCGUGGGUGUGGAGGGCCGGGAGCGUGGGUGUGGAGGGCCGGGAGCGUGGGUGUGGAGGGCCGGGAGCGUGGGUGUGGAGGGCCGGGAGCGUGGGUGUGGAGGGCCGGGAGCGUGGGUGUGGAGGGCCGGGAGCGUGGGUGUGGAGGGCCGGGAGCGUGGGUGUGGAGGGCCGGGAGCGUGGGUGUGGAGGGCCGGGAGCGUGGGUGUGGAGGGCCGGGAGCGUGGGUGUGGAGGGCCGGGAGCGUGGGUGUGGAGGGCCGGGAGCGUGGGUGUGGAGGGCCGGGAGCGUGGGUGUGGAGGGCCGGGAGCGUGGGUGUGGAGGGCCGGGAGCGUGGGUGUGGAGGGCCGGGAGCGUGGGUGUGGAGGGCCGGGAGCGUGGGUGUGGAGGGCCGGGAGCGUGGGUGUGGAGCGGGAGCGUGGGUGUGGAGGGCCGGGAGCGUGGGUGUGGAGGGCCGGGAGCGUGGGUGUGGAGGGCCGGGAGCGUGGGUGUGGAGGGCCGGGAGCGUGGGUGUGGAGGGCCGGGAGCGUGGGUGUGGAGGGCCGGGAGCGUGGGUGUGGAGGGCCGGGAGCGUGGGUGUGGAGGGCCGGGAGCGUGGGUGUGGAGGGCCGGGAGCGUGGGUGUGGAGGGCCGGGAGCGUGGGCGUGGAGGGCCGGGAGCGUGGGCGUGGAGGGCCGGGAGCGUGGGCGUGGAGGGCCGGGAGCGUGGGCGUGGAGGGCCGGGAGCGUGGGCGUGGAGGGCCGGGAGCGUGGGCGUGGAGGGCCGGGAGCGUGGGCGUGGAGGGCCGGGAGCGUGGGCGUGGAGGGCCGGGAGCGUGGGCGUGGAGGGCCGGGAGCGUGGGCGUGGAGGGCCGGGAGCGUGGGCGUGGAGGGCCGGGAGCGUGGGCGUGGAGGGCCGGGAGCGUGGGCGUGGAGGGCCGGGAGCGUGGGCGUGGAGGCCCGGGAGCGUGGGCGUGGAGGGCCGGGAGCGUGGGCGUGGAGGCCCGGGAGCGUGGGGGUGGAGGCCCGGGAGCCGUGGGCGCGGAGGCCCGGGAGCGUGGGCGCGGAGGGCCGGGAGCGUGGGCGCGGAGGGCCGGGAGCGUGGGCGCGGAGGGCCGGGAGCGUGGGCGCGGAGGGCCGGGAGCGUGGGCGCGGAGGGCCGGGAGCGUGGGCGCGGAGGGCCGGGAGCGUGGGCGCGGAGGGCCGGGAGCGUGGGCGCGGAGGGCCGGGAGCGUGGGCGCGGAGGGCCGGGAGCGUGGGCGCGGAGGGCCGGGAGCGUGGGCGCGGAGGGCCGGGAGCGUGGGCGCGGAGGGCCGGGAGCGUGGGCGCGGAGGGCCGGGGGCGUGGGCGCGGAGGGCCGGGAGCGUGGGCGCGGAGGGCCGGGAGCGUGGGCGCGGAGGGGCGGGAGCGUGGGCGCGGAGGGGCGGGAGCGUGGGCGCGGAGGGGCGGGAGCGUGGGCGCGGAGGGGCGGUCCAAUUCAAUUUCCUCAGACUCGUAUGA